AUGGAACAUUUUCUUGCUUUGAUGUGUCUACUGGGAUCUUUUCUACAUGUCUUGGCUCAAUGCACUGCACCAGCCUCAGAGUUUCAGCUGGAAGGAGAAUAUUUGAUAGGUGGACUUUUUGAUAUUCAUCAUAGUACCGCUGUUUAUCAUGGCAGACCAGAAGCAAUUGACUGCUCCAGUCAACCCUUCCUUCUCCCAAAUUAUCGAAGGUUUCAGUUGAUGAGAUUCUCUGUAGAGGAAAUAAAUAACUCCACCAACCUCCUGCCAAAUGUAUCUCUCGGCUAUGAGAUAUUUGAUUAUUGCUCAUCAAGAAAGAAUUUUCCAGAUAUUUUCAAACUUAUCUCAGUCAAUGGCUUGAUCCAACCUUGGGAUGAACCACACAAGCAACAACUAAAUAAGUCUGAUGUGUCCAAAGUGAUAGCAGUGGUCGGUCCUUUUACAAGCACUCAGGCCCUGACUGUAGCCCCACUGUUAAUGGUGGAUCUCAUUCCUAUGAUCAGUUAUGGAUCUUCUAGUUCUGUCUUUUCAAAAAAAGCACAGUUUCCAUCUCUCCUAAGAACAGUGCAUCCCAAUAAAAAGGCCAUAGAUGUGAUUGUAAAAAUUGUUCAGCACUUCAACUGGCGCUGGGUUGCUUUCCUUAACAGUGAUGAUGAUUAUGGCAUUGAUGGACUGGAGUUGUUCAUAAAGCAGAUUAAGCAGACUGAGAUUUGCCUUGCAUACACCAAAGGCCUCAAUGCCAAUACAAAUUACCCCCGAAUAUUCAAACAGAUAGAGGCACAGAGGAUACCCAUCAUAAUUGUUUUUGCUCAAAAAAUGACUGUUGAAGCUCUCAUUGAGUCAGCAAUACAACUGAAUGUCACCAACAAGGUGUGGAUAGCAGAUGAAGGAUGGUCCUUAAACAAGGAGCUCCCCAAGAAGAAAGGAAUCAAAAAUAUUGGAACUGUACUUGGAGUGUCUCAGCCAGUAGUGACAAUACCUGGCUUCAGUGAUUUUAUCUAUUCUUUCAAAAGCCAGACUCAUUGUGAAAAUGCAGAACAAAAUAUAUUUUGUAAUCAGGUUUGCAACUGCGGCAGCUUGAAUGCAGAAGAUGUCAUCGCUGCAGACCCAUCUUUUUCUUUUUAUGUUUAUUCUGCUGUAUAUGCCGUUGCUCAUGCCUUACACAAUACCUUGCAACGUAUAACUGGCAGAUGUAAUGACAAUAUCACAGUGUACCCACACAUGGUUCUAGCAGAGCUGAAGAAGUCAAACUUUACACUUUUAAAUCAACAUAUCCAAUUUGAUGAGAAUGGUGACCCAACGUUCGGAUCCUAUUCUAUAGUUUUCUGGAACCACAUUGGUGAUGCAGAGGAGAUCGGUUUUUAUAAAUUACACCCAUCAGUCCAUGUUUUCAUCAACAAUACCAAAAUUCAGUGGAACCCAAAUGGAGAAGUGCCUACUUCACUGUGUUCCCCAGAAUGUGAUGUAGGAUAUGCAAAGAAGCAAGAUGGAAUCCACAAAUGCUGCUUCAAUUGUGAAAUCUGUCCAAAUGGAACUUAUAUAAACAGCACAGAGGAUCCGUACGAGUGUAUCAACUGUAAGGAAACAGAAUGGUCUGCAGCAGGAAGUACAUCAUGCAAUCUGCGGGAGGUGGAGUACAUCCCAUUCACAGAUAGCAAGGCUAUAAUGAUCAUGCUCGGAGCCUGGGCCUUGGUGGGCCUCACACUAGCCAUGUCCGUUCUCUUUGCAUUCAACUACAACACACCUGUUGUCAGAUCUGCUGGGGGUCCAAUGUGCUUCCUAAUUUUCGGCUGCCUCAGUCUGUGUAGUCUUAGUGUGUUCUUUUACUUUGAUAAGCCAACAGUUUCCUUUUGUAUUUUAAGGUACUUCCCAUUUCUCUUGUUUUACACAGUUUGUCUAGCAUGUUUUGUUGUGCGCUCCUUUCAAAUUGUUUGCAUUUUCAAAAUGGCCGCUAAAUUCCCUAAACUCCAUAGUUGGUGGAUGAAAUAUCAUGGACAAUGGCUGGUCAUCACUGUGGCAUUUGUUACUCAGGCGUUCCUACUUCUUUUUGGUUAUACUUUCUCCCCUCCCAAACCCUACAAUGAAACAGUUGAGUACCCAGACAAAAUCAUACUUGGUUGUGACAUCGAUCUAAAAGCAUCCUCUGGUCCUGUGGUUUUACUUUUAUCUUUGGGCUCCCUUUGCUUUAUUUUCUCCUACAUGGGAAAAGACCUCCCAAAAAAUUACAAUGAAGCCAAAGCAAUUACCUUCUGCCUGCUCCUGCUGAUCCUCACCUGGAUCAUCUUUGCCACUCAAUACUUACUUUACCAUGGCAAAAACAUCCAAACACUUAACGCCUUGGCAGUACUCUCCAGUCUCUACUCUUUUCUGUUGUGGUAUUUCCUCCCAAAAUGCUACAUCAUAAUUUGUCAACCCCACAGAAAUACUCAGGAGUACUUCCAAGGUCUCAUUCAGAAUUAUACCAAAACAAUUAGCCAGUAG